GAAGCAGCAGAAAGAACCAAGCAGCCACCAAAGCAAGCAGCAGCCCCAGGAGAAGCUCAGCAGCAGCAGAAGCAGCCAAGUGGAGCAGAGCCCGUGCUGCAAAAGGAUCCAGAAGUUUGGCUGCAAAUUUGUCACAACCGGGCCACGGCUCUCACCAGGCGCUGGGAAGCUUCACUCUCCAAGCCGAAGACCGAGCAAGAGCUCAUCAAUGCUGGGAUGUCGGUUGAGCAGGAGUUUGAUGCAGACCUGGCCAUCCAGAAGAUGAUGCCAGCGGGCACUGGCCGCGGAGGGAAUACAUGCGAGGAAAAAGUGGCAGGCUGCAUCGAUUUUGCCGCCAUCGACGAGAAAGCUGGCUUGCCUCAGCGUGGCCACCUUUGCAGCUUUCAUUUGUUCAUGAAGGAGAUCAAGAAAGGCCCAAAGGAUGCUUCGGUUGAGUGGAAAGCACUUGGUGAUGAGGCCUUUGUUUGGCUUGUGUUUGGGGCAGAUAUCAUGGCAGAUAUUUUUAAGGCCUUCACAUCGAGCCGCCUAAGCCAGCUGAAGCUUCAAGGUCCUGAGCUUCCGGAUAUUCCUAUGGAGCCAUUCCCAGAUAAGUUUGUCUUGUAUGACUCGGAUGCCUUGACCAAGCUGGGAUGCUCUUCUGCCAUUCAAUACCAUCGCACGGCUGCCUUUGAAGUCUUUCCAGAUGAGCGUGGCGGCGUAUGGUACUGUAUGCGCCAAAAUUUGGCUACAUAUUGCAAGGAAGCAAGCAAGUGGAAAGCCACCCCGGACAACCAAGUUCGAAAGCCUACGCCGGGACUGACACAGAAGCUUCGGGCACUUUUCACGGCCAGAGAUGACCCGUCUCUUUUUGUUCCCCUUGUAUCCAGCGGUUGUGCGAUAGACGGCUCCAUUGAUUUGGAAUCCUUGCGGCAAGUCUACAAAGACAAAGCCAAAGAAGCCAACGCAGCCACGUUAGCUGAGAGUACACCGAAGGUUGUGUCGCGGGACUGGACUGAAGAGGCCAUUGUUUAUACACUUCAAGCAGAAGGAUGGCUCGCGCGCAGCGCCGAUGGAAGUGCUCAAGAAGACCGCCCUACGUGCCGCCGCAGCGUGCAGACUGUGGCGUGGGACGAGCGCACCCCGGGUUUGCGAGUGAAACCCGUUGAAGGGUUGAGGAAAGGUGUCGGUUUGGAUGCCUGCAGCCUAAGGGUUGUCGAAGAACCCAAUAGCUUGAAGCCUAAGGUGGUGGCGUAUCUGAGUGGCCCAGUUCUGCCCAUCGGUGAAUGCCCUUUGCUUUGGUGGCAUGAGCAUGGUGCAAAGGCAUUCCCCGGGCUGACAGUCUUGGCUCGUCAAGCAUUAGCUUGCCCAGGUGGAGAAGGAACGCAGACAGCCGAGGGUGCUGGUUGGGCUGGGCUUCUCCUGGGGCUGCUGCUGCUUGCUUUGGUGGCUGCUUGGCUCUUUCUGCUGGUUCCUGGAGCUGAGAGUAACGAAGCAAUGGAACCAA